ACAUCUCUAUUGACACAAACAACAUGGCGGAAUUAUGAUCAGUUGUUAUGUUUCCACCUGCAAAAUAAGUUUUAGAUCAACACAAUUGAUUAAAAAACUCAACGUGCACUGUGUGCAAUUCACAGUUACUCUUUGUUUCUAAAAUUUAACCAAAAUAAACCGUAAGUUCUUGCAUUUGAGUAAUUAAGUUAUGAACAGUUGGGUGUAUCGAGUCGGCGGUCGUUAAAAACUUUGUAUUUAAAGAGAUCGUUGAAGUAAAAAAAUAUAAAUUCUGGAUGAUUUCGCGAUGCCGCGACGAGGUACAGAGGUAGUGCAGUUGCCAUUACCGCCGAAAAAGAAAGUGAAGACCGUGGAGGAGUGUCCAAGCCUGGACGUGAGUUUCUGUGACGACGAGGCGCUGCCCCCCGGCAUAGUCUUCACCGAUGUCCUACAGAAAACCUGGCGCAUUGGAAAGCCCAUUGGUAGGGGCAGUUUUGGCAGAAUAUACCUUGCAUCGGAUGACAUAGGGUCAGAGGUCACAAAAUUAAAUGCUAGAUAUGUGGUCAAGAUAGAACCGCAUACAAAUGGACCCCUGUUUGUAGAGGUACACUGCCUUAUUCGCACUGCGCAAUCAUCACAAUUAAAAGAAUGGAGAUUACAAAACAAACAGAAACGCAUUGGCAUGCCUGUUUACAUCGCGAGUGGGUCGUUCACAGAUGAAAAUACUGGCACUAAAUAUAGAUUCCUUGUUCUACCGCGAUAUGACAUAGAUCUACAGAAAAUUGUGGCUAGGACUAAAGUUUUAGACCCCAAAAAUGUCCUAGUAUUAGCUCUCCAAAUUUUAGAUGUUUUGGAAUACCUACAUAGCCAAGGUUAUACUCAUUCUGAUAUCAAAAGUUCCAAUCUAAUGCUCGGGUUUGAUGGGUCAAGAGUUGGAAAAUCCUCAGUCAAGCUUACUCCAUCAUUUCAAAAAGAUACAAAAGAGGUUGCUGUUUUAUCAGGAAGGCAUAGACGGGCAAAGCCUACUAAGUCUAGAUCAUCUAAUUACUAUGAUGAUGAGGAUUUCGUUAUUAAAGAAUACAAAGGCACAGAUGAUAUGAACGAAAAUGAUAAACGUUUAGCCAAUGUUAAAAAGAAGCUGAGGAAGAUACUUUCUGAUAGAGACAGUAGAACACUGCACAGACAUCACGCGUUCAACCUCAGACAGCUGUCUAACUACGUUAAUUACGAAGAUAUGAAUAGUUCAGUAUGCUCAGACCAGUCGUAUCAAAAGCUGUUAGACGACUUCGGCGACAAAAACUUAAUUCGAACGACAAAAGAGUUUCAGGAAGAUUCCAGAAAGAGAGUCAAAGAGUCCAAUGAGAAUGUCUCGGAAAUAUACCAAGAAGCUGUGCUGUCACAGUCAAAUGGACAGAUUUACCUAUUAGACUAUGGGUUGGCUUCAAAGUUCCUAGACUCGGAAGGCAAGCAUAAGGAGUUUGGCAUGGACGCAAGGAAAGCCCACGAUGGAACGCUAGAAUACAGCUCAAGAGAUUCUCAUAUUGGAGCGCAUUCUAGAAGGUCUGAUCUGGAAACACUAGGCUAUAACCUCCUCGACUGGUUAACUGGAACUCUCCCCUGGAAGACAGCUGAAGUAAUAGCUGAACCAGAUCUAGUCCACGCAUUGAAGAAAAACUUCAUGAGUGAUAUUAAAUUACUACUUAAAACAUGUUUUAAGACUGAAUUUUAUCCUCAGUUUAUGGAAAAAUAUCUUGAGUAUGUCACAAGCCUCGAUUUUACUGAGAAACCUGAUUAUGAAUAUUGUAGAAGUUUGUUUAAGAGUGAACUACUUAAAAAUGGCUGUGCUAGUAGUAGUAAAGAAGUACCUUUAAACUUAAUCGAACUCCCGAUGUCACCAAUGAGUCGCAAAGAUUUCUCAAAGCGGUUCGGUAGAAAGAAUACUCCACCUAAUUUUUUAACUAUAAAUGGUAUCAAAAAAGCGUGUGAGAGAGAGAAUGUCUGUUCCUUGGAAAAUGACUUAAAAUUAGAACUCUUAAAACAAACAUUGAACACUUCGAGUGACGGCGUUCGUAAGCCUUGUGCGUCUAGAAACUUCUUCAUCUCGGACGCGGAUUUAGUGGCACGUCUCAAAAAAUCCCUGAUGCCUCACGAAAUCUUUGGUAAAAAACUGUCACCUAAAAAUCUACGAUCUAAAAAGAAGAAUAUUAAAAAACGCAGGGGUGUCAGAACACAUAGAAAUAGCAUCGGCAAAUUUGGUAACUUUAUGGGCUCUGCUCGCCAAUUUACAUGGGCAGAAAUAUUGGCUGGCAACCCUGAGGACAUAAUUCGCAAGGAGCGAAAUGCCGCUGCGGUCAACUCAGAAUACGUUGACGACGAAACAUGCAAAUAUAGAAUCAGAAAGCUGUCAAAUGCAUCUGAAAACAGUGACCUACAAUCACCAUUAAUGCAAAAAGACUACUUACAGAAUAUGAACCCAACUUACGCUAUGAAGGAAGUUGUUGCUGCUUUUAAAAGAAAGGUUUCUGGUAAACCAAGUGAGCCAGAGGAACCUAUUGAAGGUUUAGAAGGGUACACUCCAGCUAUGAUAAAGGUGUACAGAAUCAAACAGAAAAGAGAGGCAAAAGAGAAGCAAGAAGCCUUGAAACAACAGUCUAACAAUCAGACAAGUAAAGAGGAAACUGUUCAAAUUGAAAGGAGGUGUACAAGAUCAAUGAGAAGUAAGAAUCAACCGCUAGCAAGCUCAAGAGUCACCCGACAGAAGAGCAGUACGGACAGUAACAAAUCACUAGAUGAAGAAACAAAAGUUACUCCCAAGAGUGGUAGAUCAAAAUCUAGAAGUAACAAAAAGGUUUCAAACAAGAAAGAUGAAAAAGAAAUUGUAAUUUUUGAUGUGAAACCUGCAACGAAAGAUAAAAUUGAUAGUAAAGACAAAUCGUCUUCUAAGGAUACGAAAGAAACUGAAGCCGUUCCGAAGGAGGCGAAGAAAUCACCUAGAAGAAACAGAAGCGUUACAGCCGUCACUAUCAGAAGGGGUCUAAGGAGCAGUAAGCGUAAAAAACGUUAAACAAACGUGUUCAUUUUGCCGCCGUUAAAUGUACGAGUGUUGCUUUUUUAAAUCUAUAGGUUAAGUGCUAAUGUAGGUACCGCCUCGACUUAUCAUCUUACCAAUUAUAUUGAUUAGUGUACUGUGAAAUGUCUCGGUGUAACUUUACCCACCAUUUUUUUAUUUGCAUAAUAAAAAUUUAUUAGAAAUGAAUGAUUGAUACUAAAAAUCUGUGAUUUGAAUUUGUGUGCAUUCUUUGUGAUGUGAUUUUGGGCUUGGCUGGGAUCUCACUGGACGCAGGCAAGCCUAAUUUAAUUUCUUUUUUGCAUUUAGUAAUGUGACUGGUUGUCUUUAAUUCCUAUACAAAUAGCCUGUUAAGGCUUCACAUUUCCUUGUGUAAUUCCUCUUAGAUCAAUAAAAUAAAUUGUUGAAUAUG